AUGUCUAGUUCUAAUAGUAAUUCAAAAGAUUCUACAUUAGAUGUUGGGAGUCUUGACUCCAAGACGUCAUUGCACUCUGAAAAACUGUUUCAUGGAGAAAAUAACCCAGCUUCUUAUAUGCCAACAAGUGGUGCUAAUACGAUACGUAGCCAAAUAACAGGAAAAGAAGAUGAAGAAACAUUAGAGAGGAUGAUCACCAAUAAUAAGGGUGUUGAAAAAGUUGUCUCGAGGUUAGAGGAGCGUGCCGGAAAACUUGGUGCUUUAGAAGAACCUUACGAUUUGAAAAGAAUAGAAACACAUCCCGAUCCUAAUUCUACCUUCAAUGAAAAUGAUCCUUGGAAAUACCCUAUAGACCAGGAAACUGGUUUAAGGCUUGUUGAGUUUGUUGCUGGUGAUAAAAAAAAUCCCAAGAACUAUUCAAAAGCUUUUAAGUGGUUGUGUACAAUUUUAUUAGGUUUUACUUGUUUUGUGGUGGCUCUUGGCUCAGCAAUUGUUACCGGAGAUUUGGAAAGACCGGCUGCUUAUCUCGGAGUUUCAGAAGAAGUUAUUAUUUUAGCAUCAGUUACUAUGUUUGUUAUAGGUUUUGGUGUGGGUCCAUGUGUAUUUGCUCCUCUCUCGGAAGAGCUUGGAAGGAAAAUCAUUUAUGGUUUGACGUUAUUUGUAGCUUGUAUUUUCAUUAUUCCUUGUGGAGCUGCUAAAAAUAUUGAAACCUUGAUUGUCUGCAGGUUAAUAGAUGGUAUAAUGUUCAGUGCACCGAUGACCCUCAUUGGAGGUUCUCUCGCAGAUCUUUGGGAAGGUUCGGAAAGGGGUGUCGCAAUGGCAGUGUUUUCAGCUGCUCCAUUUUUGGGUCCUGUUUGUGGUCCAAUAUUCGGUGGUUUAUUGUGUGAUAAUGCACCCACUUGGAGAUGGAUUUAUUGGACGUUCUUGAUAAUUGCUUGUUUCAAUUAUGUUAUAUUUAUGGCAAUUGUUCCAGAGACUCAUGCAAGUACUUUAUUGAAGCGCAGGUCCAAAAAGUUAAGAAAGGAAACAGGAGACGGACGCUAUAGAGCUAUAGCUGAGUUGAAAGUCAGGUCAAGAGGGCAAGUUGCUAAAGACUCUUUGCUUCGACCAAUAGUUCUUUUGAGUGAGCUUAUUGUCUUUUUAAUUACCGUGUACAUGAGUGUUAUUUACGGAUUGUUGUACAUGUUCUUUUUCGCCUAUCCUAUAGUUUACCAAGAGGGAAAACUGUGGUCUGCUUCAAUGACCGGUGUGAUGUUCAUUCCACUUGGAGUAGGUGUCGUUAUUUCGGCUCUCGUGUCACCGCUUUUCAAUCGCGACUAUAAUAGAUGCGCUCAGAAGUAUAGGGACAAAGGUGAAUUACCUCCGGCAGAGCUUAGGUUAAGACCAAUGAUGAUCAGUUGCUGGUUUAUCCCAUGUUCUUUAUUCUCUUUUGCGUGGUCUAGUUAUCCAUCGAUCAAUUGGGCUGGUCCAUGUAUAUCUGGAUUGGGAGCUGGCUUUGGCUUUUGCUGUGUCUAUAACCCAGCAAACAAUUACAUUGUUGACUCCUAUCAACAUUAUGCCGCAAGUGCAUUAGCCGCUAAAACAUUGGUCAGGUCAAUUUGGGGUGCAUGUGUUCCGUUAUUCACAAUUCAAAUGUAUCAUAGAUUAGGCUACGAAUGGGCUACGAGUUUGAUGGCUUUCAUAUCGCUUGCUUGUUGUGCUAUACCAUUCUUAUUUUAUAUUUAUGGUGCAAGAAUAAGACAGUUCUCCAAAUACGCCUAUGCACCUGAGAUGGAUGGCAAAUAG